UUGGGAUACUUCAGUGUCGUUCAGAACACGCACUCCACACUUGGUCUCACAGUGCAUACUUCAGACGGAAGAGAAGAGACGAUAAUGGUGGGUUUUGGCGGGAAAAAAGUGCGCCAAAUGGUUGUUGGUUUCGGCGGCAGUGGCUUCGGUCAGGUCGCUAUCGCUGUCGCGGUCUCCUUCCUCGUCCGCGUCUUCUCCGCUCCCGGCCCUGCUCUCUCGCCGGAUAAUGACCCCGACGAUACGCAGGAGAACGGUUCUGACGAUGCCGAAGCUCCUCCAGCCGGAAAGGUCACACCGGUUACAAUCAGAUGGAGAAACAUCAAUUGCUGCCUUUCCGAUAAAUCCUCCAAGUCCGUAAGAUUUCUGCUUAGAAAUGUGAGUGGAGGAGCGAGGCCUGGAAGGUUAUUAGCCAUAAUGGGACCUUCAGGUUCAGGGAAGACAACGUUGCUUAAUGUUCUUGCGGGUCAGCUCACAGCAUCUCCUCGGUUGCAUUUGAGUGGCGUUUUGGAGUUUAAUGGAAAGCCUGCUUCGAAGAACGCGUACAAGUUUGCUUAUGUGAGACAGGAGGAUCUCUUUUUCUCGCAGCUCACUGUUCGGGAGACGUUGUCACUUGCUACCGAACUUCAGCUUCCCAACAUAUCUUCUGCGGAAGAGAGGGAUGAGUUCGUGAACACUCUCCUUUUCAAACUAGGCUUGGUUAGUUGUGCUGAUACACGUGUUGGUGAUGCAAAAGUUCGUGGAAUUAGUGGUGGUGAAAAGAAACGCUUGUCCUUGGCGUGUGAACUGCUUGCUAGUCCAUCUGUUAUAUUUUCCGAUGAACCCACAACAGGACUUGAUGCCUUCCAGGCUGAGAAAGUCAUGGAAACUCUACAGCAACUUGCACAAGAUGGUCAUACCGUUAUAUGUUCUAUACAUCAGCCAAGAGGCUCAGUGUAUAGUAAAUUUGACGAUAUCAUCUUGCUAACAGAGGGUUCACUUGUUUAUGCCGGUCCUGCUCGUCAUGAACCACUGACUUACUUCUCAAAAUUUGGGUACCAGUGCCCGGAUCACGUAAAUCCUGCUGAAUUUUUGGCAGAUCUCAUAUCCAUAGACUACAGUUCUGCUGAUAGUGUCUAUACCUCUCAAAAAAGAAUUGAUGGUCUUAUUGAGUCAUUCUCGCAAUUGUUAUCAAGAGACAUAUACGCAACUUCAAUUAAUGUAAACGAUCUCUCCAACAGUAGAAAGAAAAUCACCCAGAGGGUGGCAGUAGGAAAGAAGAAAGGAAUUUGGUGGAAGCAAUUUUGGUUGCUCCUUAAAAGAGCAUGGAUGCAGGCUUCGCGAGAUGCACCAACAAACAAAGUUCGGGCAAGGAUGUCAAUUGCAUCAGCAAUUAUCUUUGGGUCAGUAUUUUGGAGAAUGGGAAAUUCUCAGACUUCAAUACAAGACAGAAUGGGAUUGCUUCAGGUUACUGCAAUAAACACAGCUAUGGCUGCUCUCACAAAGACGGUAGGUGUGUUUCCAAAGGAACGGGCAAUUGUAGAUAGAGAACGUGCUAAAGGUUCCUAUUCCUUGGGUCCCUAUCUGUUCUCAAAAUUGUUGGCUGAGCUUCCCAUUGGAGCAGCAUUUCCAUUAAUGUUUGGUACUGUUUUGUAUCCAAUGGCACGCCUUCAUCCUACCUUGCAGAGAUUUGGAAAGUUCUGUGGCAUUAUCACUAUGGAAUCUUUUGCUGCAUCUGCUAUGGGUCUCACUGUUGGUGCUAUGGUUCCAACGACUGAAGCAGCAAUGGCAGUAGGUCCCUCUCUGAUGACAGUUUUUAUUGUUUUUGGAGGCUACUAUGUCAAUCCAGAGAAUACCCCAAUCAUUUUCCGCUGGAUUCCUAAUGUUUCUCUGAUUAGAUGGGCUUUUCAGGGACUUUCUAUCAAUGAAUUUAGUGGUCUUCAAUUUGACCAUCAACAUUCAUUUGAUAUUCAAACUGGAGAGCAGGCGCUAGAGCGAAUUUCCUUUGGGAAAAGUAGGAUCAGGGAUACGGUGAUAGCACAAAAUAGAAUACUACUAUUUUGGUAUUGCACCACCUAUCUUCUCCUCGAGAAAAACAAACCCAAAUACCAGCAACUUGAAACCCCUAUUGACGACAACGAGCCGCUUUUAAAACUUGAGGAGCUCAAUUCUGAACAAGUUGAUCAGACACUUGAAGCUCCGCCAGUUGGCCAAGUUGAUUCCAACCAGGCCCCUGAGUCACCUGGAGUAGAUCUUGUUGGCCCUUUUGUCCUCGAAGGUGCUAAGUAGAAAGAUACCUUUGCAAAGGAUGACCAGCAAAUACUGAGACAGUAAGCCGUUUCCUAUAGAACAAGACCACAAACACAAUGUGAUAAUUGGACAACGAAAACAUCAGCUAAUGCUUACAGGAUGUUAGUUUUGUGCCGAAUUACAGGCUUUUAGAUGUCUUAAUAAACAGCGAUGGGGUAUAAUUUGGGGCUGUCUCAUGUUGGUUCAUUUGAUUACAGUGUUUAUUUUCAUUCAAUGAUCAGAGAUUACGUGGAAUCAUCCAUGAGUUGGGUUUUUCUUUA